AUGUCCUCAAGUAAUUUCACAAGGGGCCCUCAAACAUCUGGAAAUCAUGCAUUUAAGAUUUUAUAGAUACCUCUGCAGCAUUCUAAAGGAUUUGAUUAUUAUAUUCAAAGGAAUCUUUAGAUAUCUUGCAAGAAUCAAGUGCAAGAUCCUAAGGGCAAAGAUCAAAGGAACUAGUCUGUUAAGUCUGGUUUGAAAUAAGUUAUUUGUCAAGGGAUAAUUUAAAGCAGUUGAUGGAAUCUUCAAAGAUUUGAUGAGAAUUUCUUUCAAAUAUUAUCACAAGAAUUCACAAGAGAUCUUUUUAACUGUUCCUUUAAGAUUUUUCUUGUAAAGACUAAAUUGUUGAGGAUCUUGCAAGAUUGUGAUUAUUAUUAUGUAUCAUGUUUUAUCUCCUAUGUGACUUGUUGUGGUUUAAUUAUGAUUUUUUGCAAAUUGAGGGCUGUCUGUUUUAUGAUUUAGGCACAGCAAGGAAUUUUCACAGAAAAUUAUUUUGCAAUAAGGACAAGGAUAAGGAUAUGGGCUUAUGGAUCUAGAGAGCUUCUCCUCAAUGCUCUCUGAAGCACAUGUUUGUAAAGGUGUGAAAUGUACUUGAUUCUGUGUAACUAAACUAAAAAGCUCUCUUACGAGUUUUUAUGUGAAUUCCCAAAAACACUCAUUUUUUUUACCUCAAGAUGUAUAAGUUCAAUUAAUCUGAAAUUUUCAGGGUUGUAUCCUCUCACUGAGUUGAGUUGGAUUAGCAGACAGUUUCUCUAUGGGUCGAAUUUUAAGCAAGUUAUUGUGGAAUAACUCACCUAAAAAUCUUGGUGAAUUUUGAAUGGGUACUGUGCCCAUAAUAUAAAUGACCCCAAAAUUCCUCACCUCAUCCAAGACCCUAUAAAGUACUUUGUUUUGACACUAAAAUCACUUGAUUUCAUGCAAUCUUGGUGCAGUUAUCUUUUCUCAAGUAUACUUAGGUAUUUCACACCAUGUGGUUUACAAAUUGAUCUUGUGUCAAAUAACAAAUUAGUUUAGGGCAACAUAAUAGUUACCUGUGAUUGCUAAGCUUUCUUUUGGUAUAUAGGUUGAUAUUGUUCAGAAAUAUAAUCAUUGAGAUACUCCUUCAUGAAAAAAAGUGUCUAUUUCAAUGUUUACUCCUGCCUUAAGACUAGUCUGAGUCUGGUUGUAAUCAAGUUCUUGACGAGUUUAAUGCAUAUAUUUUGAUCCUCUUAUCUCUGAGCUGCACUGUGGCUAGAUUUUUUGCAAAUGGAAAUCUUAAUACCAACCUUCCAGCAUGAAUAGUCCUACUAAAAUAGGAUGAGCAAUUUUCAUUUAGCAAGAAAAAAGUUUUGUCUUCAUUUUCUAAUGUUUGGUUCAAUUUUUUUUAAAAGUUAAUUUAAGGUUUUUUCUUUUGGCCAUAAAUCUAUUGUCACCAGUGUUGUUUACACCAAGUGUGUAUCAAUCAAAAAUCAGAAACAAUACACCAUCUCUUUUUCUUUUGCCCUUACUCAAAUAUAUUUUGGAAACAUUUCAAAAAAUAUUAUUUCACAAUCACGAAACAAGUUAUGGCUCUCAGCCUUAAAGACAUCAUAAUAGGUAUUACAACAUUGUCAGUAAAGUGAAAGGUCCCUCAAAGAUCUUAACAAGAAUUUAGAAGUUUCUCAAAGAAUUUUCAGUGAUCUUUAAAGGAUCUUCAAAGUUCUUGUCAAGAUCUUCAAGGAUCUUGACAGGAAAAUGGAAGAUCCUUAAUGAUCUUGACAAGAACUUUGAAGAUCCUUGUAGAUCUUGGCAAGAAAAUGAAGGAUCCUUGAAGAUCUUCAGAGAUUUUUCAAAGAUCCUCAUGAACAUCCUCAAGAGGAUCCUCUAAGGUCCUAAUUGAGAUCUUGUAGGAUCCUUAAAGACCCUUCUAAGAUUUUCACCAGGGCAGGCACCAACAGUGAAAUCAAAUAUAAAAUAAAGCAGUUGGUUAGUAAAUGACUUAUUUGACACUUGUUGUGCUUAGUAUUGCUGACUAAUUUUACAAUUUGUGCCAACACUAAACAUUAAUGUUAGGUUGUGAUCCAUGCAUUACUUUGGUGUUCCAUUUUCACACAACUUCUUUCUGACUAAAUGCCAUUAACAUGUGUAUUGCACGCAUUAAGAAAGAAACACUUAAUCCCAUUUUACCCUUAUUUCUGAUCCUUUGUUUUCUAUUCCUUAGAACUCCAACUGUUUUCAACUUCCCCUACAAGGUUCAAAUUAUCGGGAUUCAACUGUAUUCAUUUUUUGGGCCACAUGGAGGCUACUGUUUGUGUAAACCAACAACUUUGACACUCACUCCCCCAAGACUAACACUUCAGUUGUGCAUGUAAUUAUGAGCCUUAAGUCCUGUUUACUUAUCAAAUAUAACACAUCACCAAGAGAACAAAUUUUUUUCAACCCUAAAUUAUGAAUAACCCAUUUAUCUCAGCAUCCGAGUGAAAUUUGAUUAUGUGACUCCUUGUAAUGGAAUGAAAGAAAUUUGCCACGCUACCAGUUGUUUAUCAUCAUCUCUUAAUCAAAGUUCAUGUAAACAGACCCCGUUGACCUAAAGUUUUCAGCACCACAACAAAUGACCUAGUCACAUAUGACAAUUGCCUAGACGAGGCGAGAACCAUCUUUCUUAUUCUUUAAAAAAUUAUAUUUUAAAUGAAAAGUUACAAAAGUUCUACCACGCGAAAGAAGAUGAACUGAGCUGUUCAUGAAUUCUUGGCAUGAAUUGUUGUCCUUGUAACACUUGACUGCUUGAAGAACACUACUUGAAAGUCACGCACGAGAGCCGCGAUCGGAAAUACUGAUCUUAAAAAUUGCGUUUCAAGUUUCCCGAAAAUUGAUAAUAGGCAACUUAUUCUAGCAAAAUACGUUAAAACGGGCUUUCGCUCGAAACGCGGCACAUCGAAAGCAUUCUCUGCUGUGCUGACUUAAGUCACUGUUAAUUACGUUGACACUUUCACUCGAAACGCGGCACAUAGAAAGCAUUAUCUGUUGCGUUGACUUAAGUAACAGUUGAUUACGCACUCUUUCAUGCAUGCACUUUCCACACUAAUGCGUGGUGAAUUUGAUUCAAUAAGAAAAAGAGAAACAGAGAGAUCGAUUUUUCUUUCUGAAUUAAAUAGAGCGUAAAUUUAGCAAUGAAAAGUUUACUUAUCUAUAUUCAACGUUUAAUCUUGCAGCUCAGUAGCCUGCAUGUAUACAACUCAAGUAAAAUUCACGAUCUCCAAAUUGUAGCUCCUCCACAUUGUAAAGAUCAUCUUGGCUUCUUCUUUCUUUUAAAAUAUCCCGUACCCAAAAGUUCCUCGAGGGGCCUUAGUUUUCGAAGGUCCUAGUUUUCGAGGGGUCUUAGGUCUUGGGUCAUGUCUUAGCUUUCGUGACAUCCAAAAAAACGUACUACUGAACCAUUACUGUCAUCGUGAAAUAAUAAGCUAAAUUUAUCAUUUUGAAUCUUACCUAGGAUCUUUAUAUGUGUUCCACAGCGAUUUCCUUCAAGACACAGUAUUAUAUGGAGUUAGAUCGAAGAAAAAUUGGUAUCUUUCGUUGGUGCCGUGGAGACUUAACUCGACGCUUCUCUAAUUCCUUCACAUUUCGUGCUGUUGAAACGUGAUUCGUCUCGUAGCACUCACAACUGGUGACCAGCGGUAACUACAUUUUUACUCCUCAUGUUCUGUAUAUCGUCUCUUUCUGAGAAAAUCUACUUUAGCACACUGAGUUUGCCAUAAACUAAGGUUCAUUCUUUUAUGAAGAAUGCCAUUUCUAAUGUUAUAAGAAAAUUGAAAAGUGUGCUGGUUUCGGUAACGACCGCAACGAAAUUGAUUAUGCUUUGUACCGGGUGAAUCAAUUGCUAGCGUUGUGCAUUUAAUGUCAAAUCGUUUGGAAAGGCGGCGCGUCUGAUGACGUUCUUGACCUCGUGAUAGAAGCAUAAAGUUAUUUGCGUUUGGAAGAUAGAAAUAGACAAAGUGCUGGAUGUUCUCGAACCUUGCCAGUAGUACAUUCUGGCGAAAAGAGAAGACCAGCCUUUAAGGUACCACGAUUAAUAUGGUAAAUAAAAUAACACACGAAUAAAGUUAAGUUUGAUCCUCCGAAUGGAACGCAAUUUAUGCAAGUAGCAAAAAGAAGCCUGAAAAAUUCAGAUCUUCAAUAGGGUUUGAACCUGUGACCUCGAAAUGCUGGUAUUGAUCUCUCUUACUUUCCUGUUUUGGAUAUUUAUGUGAAUGAACUAAUUGAUUCUAACAACAACUUCUGGCUCGAGUAUUAGGCUUUUUCAAUUUCAGUACCAUGCAACAAAACUAAAUAAAAUCUUAAUGUAGAUUUCAUACUGUAUAUUCAGGAAUUAUUGAAUGCCAACUUUCUGCUAAGGGUAUCUUGAAAUUCAUGACAGGUUGUCAGCAAAAGCCAGCCCUUAGCAUCCAAUUACCCUUCAAAGUCUCUUUUGUUUAUGGAAGUCCAGAGAAUUGCAAAUGUCAGACAAGUGCCUCAACUUGUUACUUACAUUUGCAUUUGCACUUCAUAUCAACUCCCCUCAAUGCUAAAGGAGUGUUAUGGUUUUGGUCUUUUCUGGACUUUCUUUUGGAGGAUACAGCAGAUAGAGGCAUUCAAAUCAAAGUGUUAGUACAACUGAAAGCUGUAAAGCUGCCUUGUUUGAUGCUCAAAUUUUGCAUAUUCUUGUCUUGUGAAUAAGAAGUACCCAUCGCUGCUGUAUUGUUCCACUUAUGAAAUUGAUAUUCAAAGACCAACACAAGGAUAAAUCUCCUCAUACAAGCUGAAAAAAAAUUUCAAGGAACUGGCCUGAUGGUUGAAAUUAAAAAAUUGUAGAGGCCACAUAGAUUAUGGACCCCACCAAGCAUGUAUUGUAGAGAAUGCUCCAAGAGUGAACUAGUGCUGAAACUAGUAACACAGAUACCUUUUUUUAGUUCUGUUGCAGUUUGUUUGAACUGGUGAUAAACAAGAAAGUAAUGUUUACACAAGGUGAGGAUAAAAGUAAGAAUGAGUUUGCAGAAUGGUAUGUCUUGUGGAAUGACGUAACUUUUGGUGGAGUUAAUGUCAUCCUUACUAUACCUUUACCUCUGACCCUAGCCCUAUUCAUAAUCCUGAUGUUCAAAAUUACUAAGGUUAGGGCAAGGUUGUGAUACUACAUUCCAUAUUAAUUUUACCAUUAAACAUACUCAUUCCACCUUUCAUCCUCACUAGUGCAUACAAAUAGCUUAAUUUGUUGUUUCGGUUACUUAAUCUCCAAAAUUUGUUUUAUUUUCUUGCCAAAUUAAUAACUGUUACAUUUCAAACUCUUGGUUUUCAUUGGCUCUGGCAGCUGAAAAAGGGCUGACCCUCUUGUCAGUGAGCAGAAAUUCUACUCUUCCUCUUGCUUUUAUAAAACCAAGUCAUGGAUAAUCUCUACAGCUUUGAUGUAAAGGUCUAUUCCAUGACAAUCAGAUUGAUCUAGUGAGAUAACUUGGGGUUGAAAAAGAUUGAAAGAUGCUCUAGACAAGGGCAUUUCUGGAUCUUUAAUUGUCUCGUCCUUCCUCUCCAUUAUAUUCUUCACAAUGUGGAGGACCAUGAUAAUAAAGUUCACAGGAUGUUUUUCCUACAGGUACAUCUUGGUCCAAGUGAUACUGAUUUACACCAUACAUCCAGAGUUGAUCAGGUGUUAUGUUUGAUUCAGAACUGAGAGGAUGGUUUUUAAGCUAUCUUGAAACAAGGAUAGUUACAACUAUAUUUGAGGCAAAAAAUACAUAAUGCAGGCAAUAUAAGUGCAAUUCAUUGCUUAUCUCAACGUACCCUUAGUAUUCAAGAAACCAAAAUAGAUGGUAAAACACGUUCCUAGGUCAAACGAAUUCCAAGUAAGAAUGCUUUCAUUUUGCGAGUGCCACAUUUUGGAAAAUUUUGCAAGGUUAUCUUCACAAAGUCACCCAAACACUCGUCAGAAAUAUCAGUAUUCUUUAGCUCCUCCUUCCGUAAGUUAAAAGGUUGAAUUCAUCCACUAAUUGUUUUCCUGACUGUGCCAAACAUUUCUCCAAUUUUUUAAAGUAUCCACACCUUAGUUACAAAUUAAAAUUCUCUCGUGGUACCAUGAAGCCUUGUAUUGCUACUUUGCCAGAACGUACUACUGGCAAAGUUCGAGAACAUUCAGCACUUUGUUUAUUUCUAUCUUCUAAACGCAAAUAACUGCAUGCCUCUAUCAAGA